AGUGUCAUUCUAAAAUAUUUUUGUGUUAUAUUUCUUUCUGGAUAGGUAUUUUCUGUGACAUUAUUUAUCCGCUCUACAUAAUAACGAACCUAUAUGUUCUUACAUACAAUAAACUACUAAAAUCAGUUGGGACUUUUACUGAAGGGGAGUGCAAUAAUGGCUUUAUUAGCACGCUUUUUUGAAAAGAAUUUACGUAAUUCUAGUUUUAGUGCUCGCCGAUUAUACAGCAGUAAGACACAAGAGGAACCUGCAGAUACCAACCAUGAGUUUGAAGAUGAAGAAUUUCGUGUCCUAAAUUUACGGUCCACAAAGCAAACAGCUAAGCAAAAGCGGCGCGUCUUCAAAAAGGAACCAGUAAUGCCUCCUCGUCACCUUAAAAUGGCGACUGACCAGGAUUGGACUGCUGUAUGGCCAGGUCCACGUUCUUUUCAACCGGCUUCUGUGCCUCUGCCUUUACGCCAAGGUUACACGGAAAAAGGCGCACCUCCACCAUCCAAAUUCGCCAAUGCGGAACUUAUGAAAAUUCCAAAUUUUCUUCAUCUUACACCUGUCGCUAUUCGGCAGCAAUGCGAAGCUUUGAAACAAUUUUGUGCUCCAUGGCCUAAAGGUUUAGAUACGGAAGAGAAGUGUGCAAAAUAUUUUCCUAUCGAAAUUGCCAGCACUGAUUACUGUCACGCUCUACCCACCAUACGAAAUCCAGAGGCUAGACGAAUAACACUAAAAAUUAAGUUGUCUGACUUGAAAUUUGAUGCGCAUGCAAAAGACAAAUUUUUACGUCUGGUUGGUGAUCGGUAUAAUCCGUGCACGGAUAUGUUAACUAUUGUUGCAGAUCGCUGUCCUCUGAGGAAACAAAAUUAUGACUAUGCCAUGUACUUAUUAACUGCAUGCUAUCAUGAAUCAUUUGUUACUGAACCAUGGGAAGCCAACAAAUCAGAAGCAGAUAUGGAACAUUACAUAUUUGAACGAAAUAAAUCAAAGCAAUCGGCUGAGGCUAUAAUAAAUUGGGGAGAACUCAUGGAUACUACACAAAAACUGCAGGCCAAUCGAGGUUUUGCACAAAGCGUAGAAAAUCUAAUAAACGAAGGCGAAAACGAAUAUAAUUUAGGACGAUAUAAAGAAGAGGUUUUAAAGCUGCUAAAUAUAAGUACAACACAGUCUGCUUGAUGGGCGAGAUAUUUUUCCGGCACUUUGCAUAACACACUAGUGUUUUAUAAAUAAAGAUAUAAAAUACAAAUGCAA